CACUCUCCCCACAAACUAAACAAUUUUGAAUCAAUUCCCUCUAUUUGCCUCCCUCUCCCUCGCCGGCCUCUCGCCGGAAUCUGGCCAUGGUAAUUACAAAUACCAUGGCUCAUAAUCAUAAUCAUCAGAUCAAUAGAGGGAGAAUCGCAGGCGCCGCUUCAUCGUCGUCGUCGUUUGGCAAUUUGAAAAGGGUCGUCGGAAUGCCGUUAGUUGUUGUCCUCUUCUCCAUCAUUUUCUUCUUCACGAUUCCUAGCUGCUUCUCCCAACUCACACGGCUGGAACACCAAGUGAAGGACGACGGGUCUCUUAGCCUUUUGGUUGUUGGGGAUUGGGGCAGGCGUGGCCAUUUCAACCAAACCAUUGUUGCUUCCCAGAUGGGAAGGAUUGGGAAGGAAUUAGACAUAGACUUUGUGGUUUCAACGGGUGACAAUUUCUACGAUGAUGGGCUUAAAGGCCCACACGAUCCAGCUUUUGAAGAGUCUUUCACCGAAGUUUACACUGCAGAAAGUCUGCAGAAGCCAUGGUAUACCAUCCUAGGGAACCAUGACUACAGAGGUGACGCUGUUGCACAAUUGAAUCCAUUUCUUAGAAAAGUUGAUAGUAGAUGGCUCUGUCUCAGAAAUUUCAUGGUCGAUACAGAAAUUGCGACGUUCUUUUUCGUGGACACCACCCCAUUCGUGGACAAGUAUUACACAGAGGAAUCACACACUUACGAUUGGAGAGGUGUCUCUCCUCGCAAAGCCUACCUUGCCAACCUUCUCAAGGAUUUGGAGACUGCACUGAGAGAGAGCAGUUCAAGGUGGAAGAUCGUGGUUGGCCACCAUGCUAUCAGAAGCGCCGGCCACCACGGCGACACCGAAGAGCUCAUCCAACAUCUCCUUCCCAUUCUAAAGGCCAACAACGUAGAUCUGUAUGUAAAUGGUCAUGACCAUUGCCUGGAGCAUAUCAGCAGCCAUGAUAGCCCGAUUCAAUACCUAACGAGCGGAGCAGGUUCGAAGGCAUGGAGGGGUGACACUAAGAAGUACGAUGAACGUGUGAUGAAGUUCUUCUACGAUGGUCAAGGCUUCAUGUCCAUGCAACUCACCAACGCCAACGUCGAGGUUUUGUUUCAUGACGUUCUUGGUCAAGUUUUGCAUCGGUGGAAGGUCUCCAAGGACCUCCAUUCCUCUAUGUGAACGAGCUAGGGUUCUUCUUCACACGCUUUGCUUCAAAUUGAUUAAUUGCACAUAAUUUCAUUUUCAUUUCAGUGUAUAUCAUAGGAAUUUUGAUUCAAUUCUUUCCUCUUUUGGGGAACUAAUUUUCUCUCGUGCAAAUAUGAUUCUUUUCUCUAUUUGUAAAGCUUUUUUGUUUUUCGUUUCUUUCUUUUGUAACCAUUUAUCGUUUAGAAUGUAAUGGUGCGUGGAGAUGUAUAUAUAGAGAGUUCGCUUGUAGCUGAGUACACACUGAAUAUAAUAAUAGCAUGACA